UUAUCACAGAAGCGUAUACAGCGAAAGCUUUGAUAUUCCGUGGCUUCUUGGCUUCCGUGUUUUUGAGUUUAGGUAAUGAAACGUUUCUACCACCUUCAGAUGUUCAACGGACGGUCCAAGGGUCCCACAGUGCCCAGUGUGUCAUUCAGGACGGUCCGGUCAGAGAUACACCGUGUGGUUGCUGUUGCCUAUCAAACCUAACCACUUCUAAUGGGACUAUCUCCACGCAAGAGUUCGCGCCAAAAAUUCGCCCCCAAACUGUCGUCUGUUUUUAACGUCAAUCACUUUCUGUCAGAGAAAACCUGUUGGGUUUCUCCAUAUGGAUAAUGCAUUCACACAUCAUAACGAAUGUGUAGUUGUGAGACGACACUGUGAAAAACAGAGAUAUAUUUGAUUGACAACAAAGACAGACGACUAUUUUCAAGGAUUUAGUGAAUCUGAAAGUAUCGUGAUGAAUGGUACAAAUCAGCCCGGCUGUUGGCUUCUGUAGAUGCCCUGCAGCUAGGGAUUACGGGUAGGAAUCCUACAGGAGUAAGUAGUGCAGACUGCCUCAGAACGUUCUGCCCUGUCUUCUGUGGAUACAAGACUGUUCCGAGCGGGAGGUUGUGUCAGACUGUUGUUACAGGUGCUGAAACUACAGGACACAUCCUUCUGUCAUCGCUGACAGCCGAAAUCUCUUUGUACAUACGGAGAAACGGGAUAAGUCGGAGCCACACGACAAGCAUCCUAAUGACUAUGUCACAGUGUGCCCUGUGAAUCCCUGUGUUACGGACGGCGACCACUGUUUCUACAAGCCCGGGGCGUGGCUACCCUACACUGCCAAUCCACAAUACACCCGGCAUGUAAGAAGAUGCACAACACUACCAUGUAAAGACAGGCGUCACAUGCCCAGACACCAUUGUAUAACGGACUCUUCAAAUAAAGCAGAACCAGCGAGGCCUUGGAUACUUCUUCUUGUUGGGGAUUUUCGCGUUGGAGUUAGGAUUUAAAACGCCAUAUUAUUGGUAAUCAAAGAAUCGCGCCUUGGGACUUGGGAGCAUAGCAACAGUAGUGCCAUCUUCAGAAGUGAUUUAUCUAUCGAGUCGCCUAUGAUGUAAACAACGUCUGCCGUGGACAGUUUUGUCUACUGAUUGUUGUAGGAGGUCCGCAAACAAUUUUAUCCUAACCGGGAUCUGUUGUGCCCACAGUAAGUACCGUAAACAAUUGGGCACGUGGAACACGUAACGAACCCCAGCUUGUAGGACUCGCAAUACAUCUGACGUACCAACCCCAGGACUGUGUCCCGGGUCUCAAGGUAAAACAAUCUCGGAGCUACUACCCAGUGGAGCGGCGCUAUCUAUGAGAUAAGGAUUCUUUCACAACCGUCCAUCUUUGUGGAACAGGAGGACUUCUUUGGGCGCUGGAUAUAAGGCCAGCCUUGUCCCAAAUUGUUGGCAUAGGACUAAAUACAGCGUGUGUACAGUAAGGUACGGUACAAGCUUAAGAGACAUCAACAUUGCUCGGACAAACGUUCCUUCUGUACAGCCUUCACAACCUCGAAGAAAAGAAGGGUUUGUCUAUACGGAGAAUAGAAGAGUAGCUUCGCGAUUACGAAAAACAGAAAAGAAGUCUUUGGAUUUAGAGGUGUGGCAAAGGGGGGACCAUGACAUCCCUUGUGCGGCACAAGUCGCUGAAGAAGAGCGGCGGGUCGAGCCGGUACGGAGGGCAGGCCCGGUAUGGCGGGUCGGGAACCCACAUCAGGGUGGUGGUGCUGGGGCAGGGAGGGGUCGGCAAAACCGCUAUGACUGUAAGAUUCGUGACGAGGCGCUUCAUCUGUGAUUACGAUCCAACUUUGGAGGCCAUUUAUAAACACAACACGUACAUAGACGGUGAGCAGGUACACUUUGAGAUCCUGGACACAGCCGGACAGGAUCUCAAGUCGCCGAAUCUUGAGGAGAAGAUCCGAUGGGGGGACGCCUUCAUCAUCGCGUACUGCAUCAACGACCAGUGCAGCUUCGACGAGAUCAUGCGCUUCAAGUUCCUCAUCAACCACACCAAGGGCUCGUCCGCGCACGCGCCGGAGGUGCCCGUCAUGGUGGUGGGAAACAAACGGGACCUCGAACUGGACAGAAUGGUCAAGACGUCCGAGGGAGAGAAGAUCGCCACCGCGCUCGGCUGCAUGUUUCUUGAAGUCUCCGCGAAGGAGUCUCACGAGGAAGUCAGAACUAUGUUUGAGAAGCUGUACAAGAGGUGUAAGGCUUGCACGGCGUUGAAACUGUCGCCCACUGCGAUUCGGAAGGUGAUGGACAAAGUCAGCAUGUUUUCCUCCGGACUGGGGAACCACAGCCGCCCGCUAAACAGACUGCCGAGCUUCGCAACGGACAGUAUGGAGAUAUGAAUAUACAGUGUAUAUAUAGA